UAAUGCUCCUUUUUCAACGCUGUCCAUAUACCAGAGGUAUCACGGCACCGUUCUUCUUGUGGACAUUUUUAAUGAGCAUCUAUAUGAUUGUCUUAACGGAACAUGUCUGAAAACGGCAAGCUACACGAGAGUGACGAGACUCCCGAGUCUUCAAGCCGGGGUCGGUCCCAGUUCCUCGCGGACCAGGAUCCGCACCAGGAGGGAGAAAGACCUGCCAAAUGGGAUAAAUUAGGGGAUCAGACAACCCACAAUUCGGAGCUCUCCGACUUUCUGCUACGAGUCUCUUCGAUAAAUGGCCUUGAUUCGACUCGCUACAUUGGUGGAAAGAAUCGGAAAGGGUCCUAGGCUAGUCACCACUGAGAUACCCAUCCAGGCAUUCAUUGAAGAAGUGACAAGUGAUUGUGUUCGUUGUGUCACACGUAUUGUGAUCUUCUUUUUGGCGCUUCUCACCAGAUAUACAAUCAAACUGAACUAGUGACGCAAGAGGACAGAUUUGAAUGCAAAUAUAUAGCUUAUCAAC